AUGGCAGACAAUGAACACGGUGAAUAUGAAAUGGCAACUCCGACUGAGAAAUAUCGUAAUUUGAAUGCAAAUGAUCCAAAUCCUGUCAAUCCAAAUCCUCAAAGUAAUACAGACUGCCCUCCACCUAGACAACACACAACAAAAAUCAAAGCCAUGCCACCACCAUCGAACACGAAUGCAAAAACACCCUCGAUUAGUCGUCCACCGAGAAAACCAGGUCCAGCACUGGGACCGUAUUAUCAUUUUAUUAGUACUGAUUUAAAUCGAAUGUUAUGGCUUGGAAGUGCAUUGAUCUUCCGUGAAAUUUCCUAUGAUCGUCCGCAAAUUGAAUUCACAUCUGAAGCAAAAUUAGAUUUCAAUUGGGAAGUUUUAUAUGAUAAUAUCUUUAACAUGCGCGCAUACCGUGUUAACAUAUCGAUCGAAUUACGCAAUGGUGACGGUGAUGAUAGAAUCGGAUGGAAAAUCGAUUGGAGUGAUCGAAUAACUGAAGGCGCAUUCCACAUUGCUCGUUAUAACCAGAAAUGGCGUGGUGGUUUCUUUUCAUGUAAUGGUUUUGAUGCAACUGUAUCCGAACAAGCGAAAUCUCACCUAAUCUUCGAAAAUGUCUGGGAACAUUUAAAUUCUGUUCAUGCUCAAGUCUCAUUACAUCUGUUAAUUUGGGGCGGUGAUCAAACGUAUAUUGACUUUAUUUUUGAAGAUGUUCCGUUUCUAAAAGAUUGGGUGGAUAUGGAAUGGGAUGCAAAGUGGACAUGUGACUUUCGUGAUGACUUACGCGAGCAGGUCGAAGAAUAUCAUUUCAACACCUAUAUCGAAAACUGGGAACGACCGGAAGUGAAAAACGCUUUAGCGUCGAUUCCAAGUUUAAUGAUGUGGGAUGAUCACGACAUAUUCGAUGGAGCCGGCUCGUAUCCGCCAUUACUUCAUGACAGCCCGAUGAUGACAGGUUUAUUUAAAACAGCACAAAGAAUGCGUCUAUUAUUUCAACAUCAUACGACAGUCGAAAAAGCACGUGAUCAUGGUUUAUUCGGAUACCAAGGUUAUAAUUUUUUGACGUUUUGUGGUCCUAACUUAGCUAUUCUUGGCGCUGAUGCUCGUACGGAGCGUACAGCUGAAGUAGUUCAAGACGAACGAUCAUGGGAUAUGAUAUUUGAUAGACUUGAUAAACAAAUUCAGAAUAUUUCGCAUUUAAUUAUUUUAUUUCCUGUGCCAUUUUCAUUCCUACGACUUAAAGUAGCAGAAACAUGCUUUGAACAUAUAAAAAAUCUCCCAAAUAAAUGCCGGCAAUUACCACUUGUUAAACAGACGAAUUCUAUAUUUGGUUUACCCGAACUCUACGAUGAUUUACUAGAUGAAUGGACACAUGAUGCACACAUUGACGAACGCAACCGUGCAUUACGACAUUUCCAAGAACUAGCCCAGAAAAAGCGUGUUCGAAUUACGUUUUUCAGCGGUGACGUACAUUGUUGUGGAAUAAGCCGCUUUAAAACACAUUCGAAAACCAAUCCACUAUCGAUCUAUGAUCCGAAACUAAUGUAUCAAGUUAUAUCGUCUGCCAUUGUUAAUCUUCCACCGCCGCGAACAGCCAUUCAUAUCGCACAUCUAGUUAAAACCACUUGGUAUCCAAUCGAAAAUACGAAAGAAGAACUCGUCGAUUUUUUUCAGCGUCAACCUGAAACUGGUAAAAGAAUUCUACAUAAGAAAAUUCUUCCAAAUCGUAAUUGGUGCUACUUCGAGCAAUGCGACGACAUAGAUCCAGCAAUUUAUACAACGACUGAAACCGGUUGUUUCGGACGAUGUUUCACAUCCAAAAACAGAACUACGCCUGAAACAGGUCCACUAUCUAGGUCAGCAGAGUCACUUGCUCGUCAACAUACGAAUGGACCUGCACGUGCAGAUACUGGGCAAGUUUAUUCGACAACGCAUACAUUAAAAGUUCGAUUGUGGAUCGAAAGUGGACGAAAGCACCGUCCCGGAAGAGAAUUUGUUCAUUAUGAUCUACUGAUUCCAAAUUUAAUCUAA